AUGGGAAGAACUCCUUGCUGUUCAAAGGUAGGGUUACAUAGAGGUCCAUGGACACCAAGAGAAGAUACAUUGCUCAUCAAGUAUAUUCAAGCUCAUGGUGAAGGCCAUUGGAGAUCAUUACCUAAGAAAGCUGGGCUGCUCCGGUGUGGUAAAAGUUGCAGAUUGAGAUGGAUGAACUAUCUACGUCCAGAUAUAAAAAGAGGAAACAUCACUAGUGAUGAAGAUGAUCUUAUUAUCAGAUUACAUUCUCUUCUUGGCAAUAGAUGGUCUCUCAUUGCAGGCCGGCUUCCUGGUCGAACUGAUAACGAGAUUAAAAACUACUGGAAUACUCAUCUAAGCAAAAGACUUCGAUGCCAAGGAACCGAUCCAAAUACCCACAAAAAAUUACCAGAAAAUAAUAAAUUACAAAGCAUUAACAAAGAAAAAUCAAAAGUAAAGGCAACGAGGUCUAAAGUUCAUCUCCCAAAACCCAUUCGUCUCCCUCCUUCCUUCUCUAAUUCUUCACUACCAACAACCAAACACAGUGCUUCCAGACAUGGAAGAGAAAGCUCUGGCCUAGUUACAGACUUUGCAGUGGAUGCGAUCCCAUCUUAUAAUCUCAAUCGUCCUAGUAACGGUUAUCACGUCCAAUGCCAUGAUCAUCUUUAUCGUUUUCAUGGUUUAAAUGUUGACAGCUCAGAUUUUGAGUGCCAAUCUGAUCAGUUACUCACAGCUGAUCAUAUCUCGCUUGAGAAGCUCUAUAAGGAGUAUCUGCAGCUCUUAAAAACAGACAAUGAUCAAUUUAAGAUAGAUUAG